UGGCAUGAAGUUCAGCUUGUAAAACACCCAUAUUUAGCAAUAACAACCCAAAAGACUAAAAUUAUGUUCAUAAAAUAAUUGUGAAAAUAGGUUUAGUCAUAUCCUGAGCUAUCUCUGGAAUUAUGUUUACCGAGUCCAUCUCAGGUGUAUAAAAGCAGCUUCUUCAUAUCAGCCCGACACAGCUUAGGAAACAUCUCUUCUUAAAGUUAUCCCAAAGCAGAUCUUGCAGAACCAUAACCAGUCAUGUCUGGAGUCAAAGGAGGACAUUGUCACCAGAAGACCCAGUGCCAGGAUCCCUGCAAAGAUCCCUGCCAGAAGCAGAGCGUGUGCCAGGAUCCUUGCCAAAAGCAGGGCGCCUGCCAUGACCCUUGCCAUCCAGUGCAGCAUUGUCAUGAUCAGAGCCCUUGUGGGAAGAAAAAAGAUCCAUGCAAUCCCUGCUGCCCAGAUCCCUGCCAGAGCCAAGGGAAAAAUCACUGAUACCAGGUGGAAGACCGCGCACGUGCACAUCUGACUAACUAUCUGCUUAGAAUCACAUUGUUUAAAAUAUGUCAUGUUCUGUGAUUCCUAAUUAUUUUGAGAAUACUCUGCUUAAAUAAAUGUAUCUGAUCAGGA